UGGACUAGAGACCCUCGAAUGAUCGGCUUGGUAUUGUAUAGUGAACGAGCCGGUGAAUGACUGAUUGAGCUAUAGGGCGUUAUGGAACGAGAGAUAAGCCUACCUUUAAUGGCCGACUGAUGAUUUGAUUGGAUAAAUGACGAGACUGGUGAUCAGAAUGAAGUUCAUGUGUUUUAUGAAUAAGAAGGAACGAGAAGUCAAGAACGUGAGGAUUGGACAUCUGGGAAUAUUGUUGGACGGACUGGACAGAGCGCAGCCGACACAGCGACAGUGUGAGUGGAGCAGAGAGAACCGAGGAUGGGGGGCGGAGGUCAGCAGACGGAGUCAAGCGAGCCGGUCAAGGGUGACGGGGUUGGGCCUGAUGGAGGGCGAGGUGGCAGUGCAGUCUACACCUGGGAAGAGGUUCAGAGGCACUGCCACAGAAGCGACCAGUGGUUGGUCAUUGACAGGAAGGUCUAUAAUAUUACCCAGUGGGCGAAGAGACACCCGGGGGGCAUCAGGGUCAUCAGUCACUUUGCUGGAGAAGAUGCCACGGAAGCAUUUGUCGCAUUCCAUCCCGAUCCUAAUUUUGUCAGGAAGUUUCUGAAGCCGUUGCUGAUUGGAGAGCUGGCACCGACAGAGCCCAGCCAGGACCAUGGGAAAAACGCAGCACUGGUGCAGGACUUCCAGGCCCUGCGUGACCGUGUGGAGAAGGAGGGUCUCCUCCGUGCACGCCCCCUCUUCUUCAGCCUCUACCUGGGCCACAUCCUGCUACUAGAGGCCCUGGCUUUGGGCCUGCUCUGGGUCUGGGGGACCAGUUGGAGCAUCACACUGCUCUGUUCCCUCAUGCUGGCCACGUCUCAGGCCCAAGCUGGCUGGCUGCAGCAUGACUACGGCCACCUGUCAGUCUGCAAGAAAUCCAGUUGGAAUCACGUACUGCACAAGUUUGUCAUUGGACACCUAAAGGGUGCCUCUGCUAACUGGUGGAACCAUCGUCACUUCCAGCACCACGCUAAGCCCAGCGUGUUUAGUAAAGAUCCUGAUGUAAACUCACUGCAUGUCUUCGUCCUGGGAGACAAACAGCCUGUAGAGUAUGGUAUAAAGAAGUUGAAGUACAUGCCCUACCAUCACCAACACCAGUACUUCUUCCUCAUUGGACCUCCACUACUUAUUCCAGUGUAUUUCACCAUCCAGAUAUUCCAGACCAUGUUUUCACAUCGGAACUGGGUGGAUCUGGCGUGGUCGAUAAGUUACUACCUUCGCUUCUGCUGCUGUUACUAUCCCUUCUUUGGUUUCUUUGGCUCAGUAGCAUUGAUCUGCUUCGUCAGGUUUUUGGAAAGCCACUGGUUUGUAUGGGUGACCCAGAUGAAUCAUCUUCCUAUGGAUAUAGAUCAUGAGAGACACCAGGACUGGCUCACCAUGCAGUUGAGUGCUACUUGCAACAUUGAACAGUCAACCUUCAACGACUGGUUCAGUGGACACCUCAACUUUCAGAUUGAACACCAUCUGUUUCCUACCAUGCCCCGUCAUAACUACCACCUGGUGGCUCCUCUGGUUCGUGCUUUGUGUGAGAAACAUGGACUUUCCUAUCAGGUCAAGACUUUGCAGAAAGCCAUCAUUGAUGUUGUCAGGUCACUGAAGAAGUCAGGGGAUCUGUGGCUGGAUGCGUAUCUCCAUAAAUAAAUCCCUUCCUGACUCUGGACGACCUGUGAACAGAUAGUGUCCCCAGACGUUUGUGUCCUCAGACGUUUGUGUCCUCAGACGUUUGUGUCCUCAGACGUUUGUGUCCUCAGACGUUUGUGUCCUCAGACGUUUGUGUCCCCAGACGUUUGUGUCCUCAGACGUUUGUGUCCCCAGACGUUUGUGUCCUCAGACGUUUGUGUCCCCAGACGUUUGUGUCGGGUGCUGUAUUUUGUUGUGACGUAAUUGUUUGAAUCAUUUCUGGGACCCCAGGAAGAAUAGCUGCUGCCUAAUGGGGGGGUCCAAAGCAACAAAUCAGGGUUUAUAUUAGGGCUUUUCAGAGUUAAUUAGUUAACUGAAGUUAACUUUUUAAAAUUUUAGUGCAUACAUUUUAUUUUUAUCGUGAUUAAUCGCAUUGUCUGAAAGUGUUGAAUACACUGAAAAUAUCCAAAAGACAUCAUGUAUACAACUAAAAUCUAUAAUGCCAUGUAAAAAUAAAUUGAGGUUAAAUAAAGUUUGCUUUCUCAGUUUACCUAAUUUUGCAAACAUAGAAAACUUUUUGGUAUGAAAAAUCUUAAAUUACAGCUCACGUUGAGCAAAUUAGCAAAUCCUGCUAUUUAACUCGAAUUGAAAAAAAAUAUGAUUGUUUGAUCGCCUUAGUUCAUGUACAUCAUGAAGGGCUUCUUUUUUUUGUGAUGAUUUUCUUUUAUGGUAUUUCAAGCAUUAUCCACUGGGCUUGCUGCAGGCAGAACAUCCCAGGGAAUGCUCUUUAAUUGACACAAGUUGUCUCCAAUCAAUCAUUCAAUGUCUGGUUGUAUGUGAGUGUUUUGGUGUGGGGGGGGGGGGGGGGGGGUACGGGGAGGCGCAGUGUACGAAACGUUAUCGCACUAAGCCUAGUUAAUUUAGCAUGGACGACUAUUUGUAGAUCAGUGAUUUUUACACCUCACUUUGCUUAAAUUGAUCCCCUCUAACAUACUCUGUACCUGAUCAUCGGAGGUUUAGAAAACAUUUGGUAUUAUUAACAACGAUUAGAACAGUUAAAAGGGAGAGAUUAUGAAUUCAACAAGAAGAAGAAAAAAAAAUGUAAAACCAUAAUAUAGUUUGAAAAAAGAGCGGCGCCAAUACACUGGCGAGACGCUUUGGAGAUGACAACAAUAUAUUCUGCAGAAUCUGCAAUUUAGCAUUUAGAUUAUAAUACGGUAAGACAAGAUACACAGCCUUCUGAAAGGAAAUAAACACCUUACGCUUUCUCAGAAGAAUGUUUCUAUGCAAGACAUUUUAGCUAGACAGCGGGUGGUGAAGGAUAUAGAGAAACGGUCUCAUCCUUACAGAACAAGAAUCUCAACAACAUUUCACAAAGUAUUUGUUGUCUGUUCUUAACAUAUGGGUAUGAUAGUCUACAUCUUCUGAUAUAAAAAUGGCUAUUUUCAUUUGCUACAGAAAUAACCCAACUUCGCUAACUCUAUGACCUCAGUAUUUGAAGAGAUAUGCUUUUCACAGCUUACUAAAGAGCUCAUGAAAGCUCAGGGUACUAGGGGGGUAAUUUAAACAAUGUCUAAUUGCUGACACGCAAAAUAAAUGUUUGGAAAACAAAUUGGUACGUGGAUGAAGGUCAUGCUUAGGCAAAUAAACUAUGAAUGGCUAC